AGCGCACCCCGCCGUUCGGCCAUCACCAACAAAAUUACCAAUCUCCCUCCCCGACCCGAUUCCCGGCGCGAACCCGCCGCCACAUCCGUCGCAAUGGCGAAUCCGCCGCCGCCACACUCCGGCGGCCUGUUCUCCGGGGCUCCCUCGGCUCCAGAGCCGCCGGCGAAGGACGAGAACACGGCGACCGUGGAGCAGCUCCUGCUCGAUCUCUGCAAACUGGAGCUCCGCGAUAAAACCCUCGAGUUGCUCUCCAAGAAUCGAGAAAACUUCCAACAAGAUAUUGCUCCACUUCUAUGGCACUCUUUUGGCACGAUGGCUGCACUACUCCAGGAAAUUGUGUCAAUUUACCGACCUGUUGCACGCGCAACAUUAACGCAGGACCAAUCAAACCGUGUCUGCAAUGCACUGGCACUCCUUCAGUGUGUCGCUUCGCACCCUGACACUAAGAUGCCAUUCAUAAAUGCACAGAUUCCACUGUAUCUUUACCCUUUCUUGAACACAGUCUACAAAACAAAAGAAUAUGAGUACUUGAGGCUUACCAGCUUGGGAGUGAUUGGUGCUCUUGUGAAGGUUGAUGAUCAUGAAGUCAUUGUGAAUCUGCUGAAUAGUGAAAUAAUUCCUCUGUGUCUGCUUACAAUGGAAAUUGGCAGUGAGAUUUCGAAAACGGUGGCCACUUUUAUUGUUCAAAAGAUCAUGCUUGAUGACACAGGACUUAUGUAUGUGUGCAGUACUCGUGAACGUUUCCUUUCUGUGUCCAAUGUGCUAGCUCAGAUGGUUGAUGCACUUGUCAAACAGCCUUCCCCAAGGUUGCUGAAGCACAUAAUCCGCUGCUACCUAAGGCUGACAGACAACCCAAGCGCCUGCGAUGCGCUACGCACUUGCCUUCCCACUGUGCUGGCAGACGGGACAUUCAAUGGCCUUCUUGAGACUCAGAAAGAUCUGUCAACCAGGCUAUGGCUCCACCAGCUGCUGCAUAACAUCGCGAUGGCAAGCAGUGGACGCGGUGGCCCUUACGCUGACCUGAAUCGCAUCAUGGGGAGGUGAGUGAAGCUGGAUGCGUCAACUCAUCAUCUGCCAAGAGCAUGCCUUGUAGGUAGUAGGAGCCCUAGGGGAAGGUGCUGUAGUUUGGCCUUUGGAGAAAAACAGUACUUUGGUAGUUUUAGAGAUUAGCUGCUCUUUAGCGUUGUAAAAAAAAAGCAGCAGGCAACUGUCUAUCAGCUUCAGAUUAGCGUCUCAAAGAUGGAGAUGGGUCAAACAUGAGACUGAGACUCCCUCUCAUGCAAGUGGUGCGUGUUCUAUCUUAUGAAGGUUGCUGGAAAUCCGCAA